AUUUUCCGCUCAAUUGAACGCACGAUAUUGUUACCGCGUAACUGUUCUCUACUCUACGCUCACUCUCACACUCUCUCCCCUUCACUCGUCAAAGUUUCAACUUUGGAGUUGCUACCCUACCACAAUAUCCGUGUUUGACUCGUUGCAUGAGUUAUGAUCUCUAUCUUCUUAACUAGCUAGCUACAAAUAAAAUAUUCAUCUCAAUUUCAAUUCUCACACACAACUUGAGUUCAAUCAAGUCUGAGUGUUUCUACGCAGAGCAGAGUUCCUUGCCAGCAACCUACCAGAGAAAGUGAUUCAGAUCGGAUCAAUCCCAAAAAUGAAGAAAAUAGUCCCUCUCAUCUCUUUUCAAUACCUCUUUUUCCUUCUCACCAAGUUUCUAUCACUAUCAGAAACUGUAAUGGCAGAACCAAGGGCCAAGACAGUCCUAAUAACAUGUGGACAGCAACUAGAGCACAACACCUCUAUCUUUGUUCCAAAUUUUGUUGCAACUAUGGAGAACAUCAGUGAACAGAUGCGCAGUACUGGCUUUGGCACAGCAGUUACAGGCACAGGACCUGAUACCAACUAUGGCCUGGCUCAGUGCUAUGGAGAUCUUUCAUUACUUGACUGUGUGUUAUGUUAUGCUGAGGCACGCACGGUUCUUCCACAGUGCUUCCCUUAUAAUGCUGGUCGCAUUUACUUAGAUGGUUGCUUCAUGAGAGCUGGGAACUAUAGUUUCUUUAAUGAGUAUAAAGGACCAGAAGACAGAGCUUUAUGUGGGAACUCAACUAAGAAGAACUCAAGCUUUCAAGCAGCAGCAAAGCAUGCUGUUUUAAGAGCAGUUCAAGAUGCACCCAACAACAAAGGCUAUGCUAGAGGGAAGGUUGCUGUAUCAGGAACUGCAAACGAGUCUGCUUAUGUUCUGGCUGAUUGUUGGAGGAGUUUGGACACAAGCUCUUGCAAAGCGUGUCUUGAGAAUGCAUCUUCUUCCAUAUUGGGGUGCUUGCCUUGGUCAGAAGGGCGAGCACUCAACACCGGGUGCUUCAUGAGGUACUCAGACACAGAUUUUCUUAACAAGGAACUGGGAAAUGGGAGUUCAAGAGGUAAUGUAGUAGUGAUAGUUGUUGCAGUAGUCAGUUCGGUGAUUGUUUCGGUGGUUGGAGUAGUUAUUGGGGUUUAUAUAUGGAAACAGAGAUACAUUCAAAAGAAACGAAGAGAUUCAAAUGAUACAGAAAAGUUAGCAAAGACUCUUCAGCACAAUAGCUUGAACUUCAAGUACUCUACAUUGGAAAGGGCUACUGGAUCUUUUCAUGACAAUAACAAGUUAGGACAAGGAGGAUUUGGAACAGUUUACAAAGGAGUUCUAGCUGAUGGAAGAGAGAUUGCUAUCAAGAGGUUAUAUUUCAACAACAGACAUAGAGCAGCAGAUUUCUACAACGAAGUCAACAUAAUUAGUAGUGUGGAACACAAGAAUCUGGUCAGACUGUUAGGAUGCAGUUGUUCAGGACCUGAAAGCCUUCUUGUAUAUGAAUUUCUGCCCAACAAAAGUCUUGAUCGCUUCAUUUUUGAUAAAACAAAGGGCAAGGAACUGAACUGGGAAAAGAGAUAUGAAAUUAUCAUCGGCACAGCUGAAGGAUUAGUUUACCUGCACGAGAAUUCCAAAAUAAGGAUAAUUCACAGAGAUAUAAAAGCCAGCAACAUCCUAUUGGAUGCAAAGCUUCGUGCAAAAAUUGCAGAUUUUGGUUUGGCCAGAUCCUUUCAGGAAGACAAGAGCCACAUAAGUACAGCUAUUGCAGGAACUUUGGGGUAUAUGGCUCCGGAGUACCUAGCUCAUGGCCAGUUAACAGAAAAAGCAGACAUAUAUAGUUUUGGGGUGUUACUGCUAGAGAUAGUUACUGGUAGACAGAACAACAGGAGCAAAGCAUCAGAGUAUUCAGACAGCUUAGUUACAGUGACAUGGAAGCAUUUUCAGUCAGGGGCUGCAGAACAAUUAUUUGAUCCAAAUCUAGAGUUGCAGGAGGACAACGAUAUCAAUGUUAAGGAUGAGAUUUUAAGAGUGGUUCACAUAGGACUUCUAUGCACCCAAGAAGUCCCUUCAUUACGACCAACCAUGUCAAAGGCACUACAGAUGCUAACAAAGAAAGAGGAGCAUCUUGCAGCUCCAUCUAAUCCACCCUUCCUAGAUGAGAGUACCAUGGAACUCCAUGACACAAACGGUGACCCAUUUUACCCUCCGAAUGCAGCUGAUUCAAUUGCUACUAUGUCCUAUAGCUCUUUUCAUCCCAGAUGACCAUCAGAAUGCAAAGAAAAACACUCCACACAGCAAGUCUGCAGCACAGCUUGACUUAUGAUCGGCAAAUAAAUUGGUCUGGCUCAGACCUAUGACACUGAAGGUUGCUAACAACGCAUUUAGUCAAUUGCCAUUUAAAAUAUAUACUUCAGAUAAGGGGAGUUGUUAAGCAAAAUUUCCUAUACGUUUAUGGGAAGCAAACAAUGUACAGUGUAUAGUACCAUGGUUAACAUUGUCUUACAUUGAUGAUGAAAUUUUAGAUUAAUCUGACAUGUAACAGCUCAUAAUUACUCCGUUUGGAUACUACUACUAUUUAUUUACGAAAGACUAGUUUU